CUUACAGAUGGACUUUUCUUUUCACAUUCUGGCUGCUUUUUGCGUGCUUAAUACAGAAAUAUACCCCACUAUCGGAAAAGGAUGUCUUAUUGAACGGGUACAAUUCAACGGUUCCUGGUACCAUUUCUCCCAACACCAGUCCAACUUCGAAACGGCUAAGGCAUCCUGUCAAAAUGUGGGUAUGCACCUCUUAACGAUCGGAUCCCAGGCAGAACAGGACUUCCUGGCCUCAAACAUACCUGUGAACAACUCUGACUUCUGGAUCGGUCUUGCUAGUGUGACCUGGCAGGACGGUUCACACCUAUUGUACCAUAAAUUCCAAGGAUAUCCUUAUGAUUGGGACAAUGAAGGAACGUUCUUUUUAAUGCAUAUACCGUUUCCAACCCAGUGGUUUGACGAUAUCAACACCGUUGAUCACAGGCGCACUUGUAUAUGUGAAAAGGAAGGUGCCUGUAACCCAGAGCAUGUGGAAUUCGGGGGGUCUUGCUACCUCUUCACCGGAAUUUUUUUGACGUUCAACGAAUGCAAGACAACAUGCGGGAGCCUCGGGAUGCACCUGGUCUACGUGGGUUCCAAGGAAGAACAAGACUUUCUUGAUAUCAACCAACCACAACUGGCAGCCUCAUGGAUCGGACUCGGUCCCGUGACCUGGGUCGAUGGUUCCACCCUGACCUAUGCAAAUUUCGGCACGACCCCUUCGACAUUCGAUGACGAUGGAGAAGUUUUCGUGAUGAAUGCGUCGUCUUCCUUCCAGUGGUUCGAUGAUGACGGCUCCAACCUUCACUUUGGUAUUUGCGAAUAUUACGGAGCUUGUACUGCCUCUUACAAGUAUAUUGGGUCUUGCUAUACUAUUCAUGUAACUGCCAGCAAUUUCUCGACGACGAGAUCGGCUUGCGAGAACCACGGAAUGCAUCUCGUCUCGAUAGGCUCCGCGGGAGAACAAAGCUUUUUGGCGGACUUUGUGAUCUCGAUUAUUCCCGAUAACAGCAUCGUUUACUGGAUUGGAUUAGAGAGUUUUAAAUGGGAGGAUGGUUCGCGAAUGACAUUUAACCGUUUCAAAGGGUAUUCAUAUGAUUUCAACGAGUUGGGGAUGUGCUUUACCAUGCAAACAUGGUAUCGACCCCAAUGGUUUGACCAAGCAACCGACCCUUCGGUAGAAGAACAUUACAUAUGUGAAACGGAAGAGGUACCAUGCCAAUCCCUUCAAGUCGAACACAAUGGAUCCUGCUAUUUCUUCUCACAAAACAAAUCGACUUACCCUGCAUCAAAAUCAUUCUGUGAGACACUUGAUAUGCAUCUAGUUUACAUUGGAUCCAAAGAAGAAAGCGACUUCCUGGAGUCCAACGGCCCAUUGAGCUGGAACUUAUGGAUUGGAUUAAGUGCCGUGACUUGGCUUGAUAAUUCCACCCUCACCUUCGCACACUUUGGCACCACUGCCUCGGUGUUUGAUGAUGGUGGAAUCUCUUUCGUCAUGAACUCGUCAUCUUCUUUCCAAUGGUUUGAUGAUGACAGCCUUAACCAGCAUUACUACAUUUGUGAACAGGAUGUUGACGCAACCGAAUCUACAACAAUGACUCCCUAUACAAGUGAAAGUGAUGAUGAGGGAGAGGAGUGCACCACAACUGUUUCAGCACCGUCAACUGAUACAAUAUCAGCAACAUCUGCCACACCCACUGCUCAAGUUGUGGCUGCAACAACUGCAACAUCUACCACCCCCACUACACAAGUUGUGGCUGCAACAACUGCACCAUCUACCACACCCACUGCACAAGUUGUGGCCGCAACAACUGUCUCCUCUGUUCCUAAGUUAGGUCUUAAGCGAUCCACAUACUUUAAGACUCUGAUUAGGGGUAAGGCCAUCGUCAGUGACCACGUAAGCUUCUCCAUCACGGCUUCAAGGGUCAUCGAUUGCGGCCGCGGAUGCCUCGAAGACGGCUCCUGUUCAUGUUUCACGUACAUCGCCGAGGAGAGCAUGUGCCUCCUUGCCAACAGUUGCCCAACGUCAUUCAUAUCUGACAUGUCUGAUUACGAAAGACACCCUGGAGCUGUAACAUAUUCAACUCUAAUCCAAACCAGGGACCUAUCAACGGAGGAUUAGUCUAUCGAAACUGGGGGUCCUUUGCAUUGUCACAGCAUCCCCAGUAACAAUAGAUAAUCCUCCGUGGCCAGGUCCAUGAUCCAAUCCUUGCUUGUAAAUUAUCAUGAUAAUUAAAAAAAAAAUACCAAUCAGGUUUGAAUGCUUUCUAAUGGCCCAUGCGUACUCUAAAAUCCAGUUUAUAUGAACGUUGGCCAUGACCUAACUCUGUGCUAAAAUUAUGAGAAGCCAAAUAGUGUUAAUUUUUAUCUCUGCCUGGGUUAAUCCUUGGACGCAUCCCAUUUUUGUAUAUGUAUGUGCAUUCUUUUACAAAUUAUUAUAUUGUAUUAUGAAAAUAUAGUUUUCAUCUUUGUAUAUACUUGUGCAUGUCUUAUGCGAAUAAAGUAAAGACUGAAUAGAAUAUACACAGCAAAAACUGGGGUGUUAACCGGUGUACAUAGAGGACCACACCAGUUAUU